UGAAAGGGACUCUCUCUCUUAAAUCAGAAAGAGAAGUGUCCCUUCCCUUCUUCCUUGUUCAGUUAACCCAAAACGAGGAAUCCCAAAGAGUUGUACAAAACCCAUUAACCAGAGGCAGAGAGCAGACUGAGAUUAAGGGACAAAAACCAUUGGUUUUUAACCCUUUCCCCAACCACACCCCAUUUAACCGCUUUCCCCCACUUUUCUUUUUCACCUAUUAUGAGCUAUAAAGAGGGUCUCUUGCUCUGGAUCAUUGUUGGGUUCUAAGCCUCUUCUUCCCCUCCUGUGUUGAAUCUUUUGUUUUGAUCUUUUGUUUUGUUGAGAGAGAGAGAGAGAGAGAGAGAGAGAGAGAGGGAGAGAGACACUGAGAAAGAAAGAAACAGAGUUAGUCAUGGCUGGUAGUAAUGAAGUCAACCUCAGUGAAUCCAAGAAAGUUGUUCCACUCAAUACAUGGGUUCUCAUCUCCAAUUUCAAGCUGGCCUACAAUCUUCUCCGCCGCUCCGACGGGACAUUCAACCGUGAGCUGGCGGAGUUCCUUGACCGUAAAGUCCCUGCAAACACUAUCCCAGUUGACGGUGUCUUCUCCUUCGAUCAUGUCGACAGAAGCACCGGCCUGCUCAACCGGGUUUACCAAAUGGCCCCUGCAAACCAUGCUCAGUGGGGCAUUGUGAAUCUCGAGAAACCCUUGAGCACCACUGAGAUUGUGCCUGUCAUAAUCUUCUUCCAUGGUGGCAGCUUCACUCAUUCCUCGGCCAACAGUGCUAUCUAUGACACCUUCUGUCGCCGCCUUGUGAACACCUGCAAGGCUGCUGUGGUGUCUGUGGACUACCGCCGCUCGCCUGAACAUCGCUACCCUUGUGCUUAUGAUGACGGCUGGUCAGCUCUCAAGUGGGUUAAGUCGAGGACUUGGCUGCAGAGUGGGAAGGACUCCAGGGUUUAUGUCUACUUGGCUGGAGAUAGCUCUGGUGGCAACAUUGCACACCAUGUUGCUGUGAGGGCAGCUGAAGCUGAAGUUGAGGUCUUGGGGAACAUCCUUCUUCAUCCAAUGUUUGGAGGGCAAAUGAGGAGUGAAUCUGAGGUUAAACUAGAUGGCAAGUACUUCGUAACGAUUCAAGACCGCGAUUGGUACUGGCGAGCCUAUCUACCUGAAGGAGAAGAUAGAGACCACCCUGCCUGCAACCCAUUUGGCCCCAGAGAUAAGGGGAUUAAAGGGCUCAAGUUCCCCAAGAGUCUUGUAGUUGUGGCUGGCUUGGACCUGAUGCACGAUUGGCAAUUGGCUUAUGUCGAAGGGCUGAAGAGUUCUGGGCAGGAGGUGAAGCUCAUUUUCCUCAAGGAGGCCACAAUUGGGUUCUACUUCCUGCCUAACAAUCAGCAUUUCUAUUGUCUAAUGGAGGAGAUAGCCAACUUCGUCAAUCCUGACUGUUAAUAAGCCUCAACCUCUCCACUUAACUUUACCAGCCAUACAUAGCCAAAAGCUUGACCCUUGACCCUGGUGCCUCCCCCAUCUUUUGCAGUGAUCAUCAUCGGUGUGUAGUUGUAAGAUUAUCCUAUCUAGUAUUACUACCUCUUACUAUUUACUCUUGGUAAUUUGAGAGUUCUGGGGAUAGUUCAUUGUCCUUGUGUCCGUGUUCUCCUGCAUCGCCCGGGAAGACCAUAUUCGGCAGCAGCUCAGGGGCAUCAGAACUCGUUUUUGCUAUUUCAGGGGAAGAACCGCCAAUGAUAAAAAGUUUAUCCUAGAGGAUAAUGCUUUGGUGGUUUCUUGAUCAUCAGAAUCUAUUUAGUAAAUGGAUUUUCAUGUACUAAUUUCGGACGUGGAAGAUCAUAUCUUCUGCUUGUUAUGAACAUAAUUGUUAUACUACCUGUACUACUACUAGUAUUAGGCCUAAGUUGAUCAAUAUAAAGAUUUUGUUUGCUAAAUCUUCCAUUA